UGUAUGUGUAUGUAAAAUACUUGAAAAUAUACGUUAACUUUUUAUUUCCUUCCUAGCAACCUUUGAUUAGUUUUCAGAAAUUAAAAAUCAUAAAUGUCAAUUCUUAUUUAUAAUAAAAACCUGUGAUUAUAAACAAUGUCAAUAUUACUGUAGAUCAAGCUGUAGAUCGAACCAACUUGCUCUGUGGAUCGAACAGCACAGAGCAAGUCGAACAGCGUAUUCAUAAUUCAUAAUUCAACAGGUUCAACAGGUUCAUUUUUGGUUAUAUCCAUCAUAAGAUAGUAGUUUUAUGUAAGGAAACUCAUUCUUUAUAAUUAAAUGGUUAUAUAAAAAAUAUAAACAUGAGAUCAUGCCAGAUAAUAAGAUUCUAUUCGUCCCAAUCAUCAAGGAGAAGAGUAGUUGUCACAGGAUUAGGAGUCGUCUCCCCUUUGGGUUCAAACAAGAAAGUAACAUGGCAAAAUUUACUAAAAGGUCAUUCAGGGAUAGUUUCUUUGGGUGAUGAAUAUAACAAAUUGCCCUGUAGGGUUGCUGGUGUAGUACCCAAAGAGGGAGAUAUAUUAGAAAAAGCCUUGUCUAAAUCGAAUUUAAAAUCCAUGGCUCCCGCGACGUGUUUAGCUCUUGUAGCUUGUGCGGAAGCAUUAUCAGAUGCUAAGUGGUUGCCCCAAUCUGAACAAGACAGAGAAAAUACUGGUGUUGCACUUGGAAUGGGAAUGAUUGAUCUGAAAGAUGUCUGUGAUACUAAUAAUGCUCUACAGCUAGGUUAUAAUAAAGUUAGCCCAUUUUUUGUUCCUAGAAUAUUACCAAAUAUGGCUGCAGGUCAUGUCAGUAUAAAGUAUGGUUUAAGAGGACCAAACCAUGCAGUAUCAACUGCAUGCGCAACUGGCGCACACUCUAUUGGCGAUGCUUUUAGAUUUAUUAGAAACGGAGAUGUAGAUGUAAUGGUUUGUGGAGGAGCAGAGUCAUGCAUAAGUCCUUUGGCUAUUGCAGGGUUUUGUCGUUUAAGAGCAUUAAGCACAUCAUUUAAUGAAGAACCCAAUAAAGCUUCAAGACCAUUUGACAAGGAUAGAGAUGGCUUUGUGAUGGGGGAAGGAGCAGCUGUUUUAAUUUUAGAAGAGUUUGAACAUGCAUUAAGACGAAAUGCUAAAAUGUAUGCUGAAGUUUUAGGUUAUGGGCUUUCAGGUGAUGCCUCUCACAUAACUACACCAAGAGAAGAUGGCAGUGGCGCUAUACUUUCAAUGACUAGAGCUUUAAAAGAUGCAAAUAUUGAAAAAGAACAAGUAUUAUACAUAAAUGCCCAUGCCACCUCCACACCUGUAGGGGACAAUAUAGAAUCUACUGCUAUUAAAACUCUAUUUAAAGAUCAUGCCUCAAAUGUUUGCAUUUCAUCAACGAAAGGAGCACAUGGUCAUUUGCUGGGUGCUGCUGGAAAUUUAGAAGCUCUUUUUACAGUUUUGUCUUGCUAUCAUAGUGUUAUGCCUCCCACUAUAAACUUGGAUAACCCCAUUGAUGACUUGAAUUAUGUAGCUAAUACUUCAAAAACGUGGAGCAGUGAAAAAAGAGUUGCCCUGAAAAAUUCAUUUGGCUUUGGCGGAACCAAUGCUACAUUGUGUAUAUCUAAUGUGAAUUAGGAUUGUAAGAAUAAAACAUUCAACAUUAUUUAAUUAUAUUAUAUUUAAAACUGA